UUCAGUUAUUAUAGGCUUAUUUUUAGUUGAAAGCGAUCCGUUUCAUUUCGAUGCGAACUCGCAUCAAACGAUUUUGUGUUUAUUUUUUAUAGUAUUACAACAAAUAAUAUCGGUAAAACAUCAUCAAAAUAUUGACCGAUAUAACAUUACAACAAUUUACUAUUAUCCACGAGGUUGGAUUAUAACGACCACCUGCUUGCUUGUUUCUCUUUGAAAAAUGUUCUCCCAAGUUUCAAUAAUUUUAGUGAUUUUGACAAUCUUUGGUAGCGGGGUAGUGCGUCCGAUCGCUGCCGUUGCGGAUAUAUUGGCGUUCUUCCCGUUGCCAAUUUACAGUCAUUUUUCCGGUUUCAAUCCACUGUUCUUGGAAUUGGCGAACCGUGGUCACCGCGUGACCGUAGUCAGCCCUUUUUACCCAAAGGGAAAUGUGCCGAACACUUACCGACACGUACCCAUCCCCGAUGUGAAAAUCCAGAGAAUUCGCAGUCCACUGGAAAUUCGCCAUACAUAUCGGGUGACCAAUAUGAUCAACGUCAAGCAAGGUAUGAUAAAAAUGGUCACUCGGACUCUGGAGCUGAAUGAGACUCGUGCGUUUCUCAACGACACUCGGUACGCCUUCGAUGUGGUUUUGGCUGAAUGCUGGUACAGUGAUAUUUACCUGGCAAUAGGUCACAGAUAUUCUGCUCCGGUGGUGUGCCUGAGUCCGAUGGCACCUUCGGUGACGCUCAGCCAAUCGCUGGGCAUGCCGGACCAUCCCGCAUACGUGCCGUCGUUCUGGCUUCGGUACUCGGACUCAAUGUCGUUCGGCGAACGGCUGUACAAUUCGGCGAUCGCUGCCGCUGAGCUGAUCGUGUCCGAGAUCGCGUUCCAGUCUACGGAUCAGCAGAUGCUGGACGAUCUGUACACGUACCCUGGACACCGGAACUGCCCGCCGCUUGACGCACUCCGCCAAGCCGUCCAGCUCACGUUGGUCAACGGCCACCACUCCGUAUCGUACGCCAGGCCGUACCCACCGAACGUGGUGCAAGUGGCCGGCAUGCACAUGCGGCCUCAGACGUCUUCUACCGUUGACCAGAAAUUCAAAGCACUUCUCGACGGUGCGACCAACGGGGCGAUCUACUUCAGUUUCGGAUCGAACAUAAAGAUGUCGGACCUAGGGGAACGCGACGUCCAGUCAUUUGUCGAAUCGUUCAGAAAACUCAAGCAAAUCGUGCUAUGGAAAUGGGAAAACGGUACCAUUGCUAACCUGCCCGACAACGUGUACAUCGAUAAAUGGUUUCCGCAACAAUACAUCUUGAGCCAUAGAAACUGUAAGCUUUUCAUCACUCACGGAGGAUAUCACAGUCUUGUGGAGGCACUGCACUAUGGUUUACCGUUGAUCGGAUUUCCGUUUUAUACUGACCAGUUUUACAACAUGAGAUUCGUCAUCGAAAACGGUUUCGGAAUUGAAAUUUUACUGGAAAACCUAAACGUAAAAGUCCUCGUCGAUGCUAUUGGAAAAAUCUUCUCUGAUAUAAAUUAUAAGAAGAACGCCCAAACAGCUUCCAGUAUAUUCUUAGACCUUCCGAACUCCGCGAUGGAUACCGCAGUACAUUCUGUCGAAUACUUAAUCCGAAACGGUGUUGCAGAUUACAAAUUGCCCGCGUCCAUGAGCUUGAAUCGGUAUGAAUAUUUUCUGGUCGAUGUGGCGGUUUCGAUUGGCGUUGUUGUAUCUUUAACUGUGUUAAUUUUAUAUAAAUCCAUCUAUUACUUAAGGAACAUAACGAAUUUAAAAGAUAAAAAAUCAAAAUAAAAGAUUUAUGAUAUAACUAUCAAAAUUAUGCCGUUAAUA